AUGCCUGCCUCUUCCUACAAACCUGUAGGUUCUACAACUAACGGACCUCCAUGUUCUAGAAUACUUGGUGGUCUGCAACAAGUUAAACCUCAUAAUGGCGAAAGGUGUACUCAUUGCAACAACACGAAUCACUUUGUAACUGAUUGCUUUAAAUUACAUGGUUAUCCAAAAUGGUGGGAUGAAGUCAAGGAGCGUAACAAGGCCAAAGCAGCAGCUGAACGAUACGCACAAGGCAAGGUCGCACUCUGCGUAGGAUCUCCCGACCUUUAUGUGCCACAAGCUUCCCCUAUGCCGUAUGUCUCCUCCAUUGUUCCUCCAGGUUUUGCCGCCCUCCUUAUAGGUGAUUCGGUCACUUCUUCUAAUACCUUAGGCAGUGAUUUUGCUGCUAUUACUGGCUUAGGUAUUGGUUUUGGUUGGAGUAUGGAUUCAGGUGCUUCAAAUCACAUGACAUUUGACCCCAAAAAUUUGAAGACUCGUACUACUUCUAGCCGUACUAGUAUGGCGAAUGCGAAUGGCCAACCCUACCCUGUGACUGGGACAAGCACUGUUGAUCUUUCUCCAAAUUUAACUUUGGAACAUAUUCUUCUUCUUCCUUCUUUAUCUCAGAAUUUAUUAUCUGUAGGACAAGUGACUGAACAAUUAGAUUGUUUUGUAUUAAUCUAUCCCUUGUUUUGCCUUCUUCAGGAUAUUCGAACCUAG